CGGUUGGAGGCCUGGCUGGGCCGCUCCGUGAGGAAUUUUUUUUUUUUUCAAAUUAUAAUACUCUUUAAUUAUCCCAUCUGUUUAUUAAUCUAAUUUCUGCCCCGCCUUUCCUUCAGGAGCUCGUGCCUAAGCGCUUCUCCUUCCCCUCAACAACAACCCUGCGAGGAUGGCUCCUGCAAAAUGUAUCCUUGCUACUUCGGAUGAUUUCCCCAGGAAAGCAGCUCAUGACGCUUUUAAGAUGAAAUCCUAAUUCCUUGGCUCUGGAUUUCAUUCAUCUGGAGAUAAGAAGAAAAAAAAAAAGGUGAAAUUAUGACGGUUUCUCCGCGGAUGUGCCGGGGCUUCUCUGCAGUAUUUACCCAAAGAGGGUCGGUCUGUCCUUGGCUUUGUUCCGUGCACUGUUUCAGAGACGUUCCUGGAAGAAAAAAAUGGAUACGGCCUCCAAGCCCACAACCCACAGCUCUUUUGAACCAGAGACUGAUUAGCACAUCCCUGUCGGUCUAUAAAUUACACAACAGAGAUUUAGAGGAGAUGGUGAGAUCAUCGGAAGCGCUUUCUAAAGAUGAGGAAGAAGAGGAGAAAUUUGAUGCUGAUGAAAGCUUUGGGUUGUUAACUCAGAAGUAUCCUCCCAAGCCCUUUUCUCAGGCGGCAGCGGCUGAUUUUCACACCGUACGGCUCCAAACCAAAGAAGAAGAGGAGGAAGACGAGGAGCUAGAAAUAAAACCCAGAUGGGGUCGAAGGAAUACCCCAUACUGGUAUUUUCUGCAGUGCAAAGCAUUGAUAAAGAAAAAUAAGCUGGUCGAGGCUCUUGAGCUCUUUGAGGUACAGAUGCUGAAGGAAGAACGUCUCUGGCCCGAGGAGUUCAACUACACGGUGCUGAUUGGUGGAUGCGGCAGGGUUGGGUACCUGAAGAAGGCCUUUCGGCUCUACAAUGAUAUGAAAAAGCGAGACCUGACGCCUACGAUUGCCACGUACACGGCCCUUUUCAACGCCUGCGCGGAGACACCCUGGAAAGACAGUGGUCUUCAGAGCGCCCUUAAGUUACGACAGGAACUGAUCCAAAAAGGCAUAGAGUUGAAUCCAAUUGCGUAUCGCGCUUUGUUGAAAUGCUGUGCUCUGUGUUCGGAUCUCCGCAUGUGCUUGGAUAUAUUAAAGGAAAUGGUGGAAAAUGGCCAUCAAAUCACCAUAGAUACUUUCAACAUCCUGCUCAUGGGAUGUAUAAACGACAAAGAGAACGGGUUCCGCUAUGCUUUACAGGUUUGGCAGCAGAUGGCAAAGCUGAACCUCAAACCUGAUCUGUACACUUACAAUUUGAUGCUGACAGCUGCCAAAUACUGUGGCAUUGGUGACUCUGAGGUGGCUUCUAAAUUGCUACUAAGACCCUCAGAGAAACACCCAACUCACCUGAGGCUGAAUCCUGGCAGAGAGCCAGGCACAAAGAGUCAGAGAAAGAAACGAGCCAACGUUCCGGCUUUAAUGGUAUCGGAUGUCGAAGCUCUGGAAAAAAAUAUGUUCCCAGGAGACAAUCCAAAAACUGAGAGGCCUAAUAGAAACCGAGAUGAUGCCAAGGACAGCGCAAAGCUGAAGUCGAGCGAUCCCUCCGAUGUAUCACACUGCGAUACAGACGGGAGUUUGGUGAUCUCUCAUCAGCACCAGUUGGUUCCGGGAUCAAGAGCAGAAAACUCCUUCUCGGAGCCUGCCAUUCCCCUCCCGAACUUGCUGGAUCCGCAGAGCCCAGCCCCACAUGUGGUUUCCUUGGGGACGGUGGCAACGCCCUCCGAUCGACUGGCCCUGAUGGGAAACAUGGAAGGUUUCUUAAAAAAAAUGAAGGACGACAAGGUGUCGGGGAAUAUUCGGACGUUCAUCUUGCUAGCCGAAAACGUGGAACUCAACAGCCCCUCAGAAUCGUCUUUGUUGGCCGUCAUGGAGGAGAACAACGUGAAACCAGAUGUGGCUUUUUUUAAUACGUUGAUCAGGAAAAAGAGCAAGAAAGCCGAUCUGGAGGCGGCAAAGAGCUUGCUGCCUUUAAUGUUGCAAAACGGACUUUCGCCGGAUCUGUACACAUUUUGUAACUUAGCCAUUGCCUGCCGUAAAUACAAAGAAGGGAUGCAGUUACUGUCGGACAUGAAGCGAUCUGGAAUAAAACCCAAUGUGCAGAUCUACGGUGCGCUGAUCAACGCAGCGGUGAGGCGACUGAAUUACACUUACCUCAUAGAGAUCCUCAAAGACAUGAGCAGGAAUGAGGUGGCUCCAAAUGAAUUUAUUGUUAACAUGCUGGAGUUUGCAGCCCAGUAUCCUCCUAAUUAUGAUCAGUACCAGAAAAAGGAUCAUUAUUUAGAGAAAAUUGAUGGCUUCCGAGCUUUCUAUUUCCGUUGGCUUAAGUGGAUGCCCGGGGAAGAAACACCACACCCUUGGGCAAAAUACCGAUGUAAGAAAUCGGCACCAGACAAAGAUGGCACCAGGCUGGAAUAAGAUCAAGGCAGCCAGGAGCUAAAAUAAAGCAAAUAUUGGCCAUUCAUUAAUUAUGGGAUGCUGGCAUGUUUUUUAAAUUGUUUAAUUCUGUACAUAUCUGUUCACAUGGAGCUAAAAUUAACCCCUAGGUGUAUAUACAAUUGCAACCCAAAUUUAUCUGGAACAGUAAUAAACUGUUUAAUAAAUAACA